AUGUCACUGGACUCGCGGAUAAACGACGAGGAAAAAGCGUCGUCGUUCUGCUCAACAGGCAGCGACGAUAGCACGGAAGAAGAAGACCACGCUUUACCGCCAGACAGCAAACUCGUCGUCAAGGUUGACGGAAAAGAUGACGGGAAACUCGAGGACGACGACGGCAAGUCAGAACCGGCGAAGAGACAUACAGCCGCGCGGACGUGGCUCGGGAUGCCGGGGUGGCAGUGCGCUCUAUUCGCCGGAGCCAUAGCUGUCGUUCUCUUCCUCAUCGUCUUCGGCGCUGUUCUCCUCGGCCUCGCGCUCUCCUUCCACUGUGAGGACGUCUCGAUUCGAGUAGAUAGCCUCGACUUUCACAACAUGUCGUUUUCGCAACAACCCUCGGAGUCCGGAUCGGGCGAUAAGACGCUGCUGCUGAGCGCGCGGCUAAACGUGUCGGCGAACGUGUUUAAUCCGAACGAAAACACGAUGGUGGUGGAGCAGCUGUUCGUCGCGAUCGACGGCAUGGAUCAUCCCAUGACGAAUGUCACGCUGCCCGGAUUCACCCUCGCCCCGAGAUGCAACCUGACGCAGAACAUUGACUUUGUGGUUUCGGGUUACCCGCUGUUCACCAUCGGAGCAACGGAGAGCCUGCUGCGGCUCUCGGACAAGACCAAGAAUCUGCCGUUCAAGAUGGUGGUGAAAUCUUUAGGGCAUGUUGUCUAUCAUAACUUCAACACUCCUUCAUACUACUACACGCAUUCAUGCAAUGUGACGUUCACUCCGGGGGAAGAGGACGUGCAUAUCAUAUCAUGCCACAAAUCAAGAGUCAAGGCAUGA